GUGGGGUGGUGGCCUUCGGACGCGACUUUUUCGAGCGGCCCGCGAUUUUGCAGUGUUUGGACAUGCGCACAGACCUUUGACGUUGCCUGGAGCUUGAAAGCUGCGCAACUCACUUACAGUAUCAUACCAUAUACUGCAAGACAAGAGAUACCGAGCUCCAACACCUCGUCGACAUAGGCUACCUCUCAAUUAGAAACGUCCGCAGCUUCUGCGAAUCCAACAAUCCGCAAUGUCCAAGCGACCGGCAUUUGAGCCUCUCGAAGAUGUCAUCGAUGCGCCGUCGCCAGCUUCUAAACGAGCGCGAGUCGAAGAUGUAGACAUGGACGAACCGCACACGAAUGGCGCGCCUUCGACUGGGCGACUCAUGUCUCCGCGACGGGGAGACCAAGACAAGGUCGACAUUCUAGGCGCAGAUGCUGAAGAGCACGAGGAGCUUGAGGAAGCAGGAGCGCUAGAUGAGGUUGACGAAGAUGAGUCUGCAAUGGCUGCACCGAGACGACAAACCGCGCCAGAAGCAGGAUACACCGACCUUUACCUCGACACAAUAAAUCGCAAAGUGCUCGACUUUGACUUCGAGAAGCUAUGCUCCGUUACGCUGUCGAACAUCAACGUCUACGCCUGCUUGGUUUGCGGCAAAUACUUCCAAGGAAGGGGGCCGAAGUCGCAAGCAUACUUUCAUGCGCUAGAAGAAGGGCAUCAUGUGUACGUCAACAUGGAGACAAAGAAGGUCUACGUGCUUCCAGAGGGCUACGAGGUGAAGUCGAAAUCAUUAGACGACAUCAGGUUUGUAGUAGAUCCGCGCAUGAGCAGGGAAGAAGUCGCGCGACUGGACAAGGAGCCAAAGGUGUCAUGGGAUCUGUUCAACAGAGAGUACAUCCCAGGCUUCGUGGGCAUGAACAACAUUAAAGCAAACGACUACUUCAACGUGGCGAUACAAGCCUUGUCGCAUGUCGUCCCUCUGCGAAACUACUUUAUGCUUGAAGACUUGUCGUCAAGACCGCAAAUUGCGCAACGAUUCAGCACUCUGGUCAGGAAGAUAUGGAAUCCCCGUGCAUUCAAGACCCAUGUAUCACCGCACGAACUGCUUCAGGAGAUUUCAAUGCGAUCGUCAAAGCGCUUCAGUCUGUCCGAGCAGUCAGACCCGGUUGACUUCCUCUCCUGGUUCCUCAACAAUCUCCACCUGGCUGUUGGCGGCUCAAAGACUAAACCCGGGUCGAGCAUCGUUCAGAAGGUUUUCCAAGGAACAAUGAAAAUCGAAUCGCAAGAGAUCACAGCACGCGCAGAUGCGGGAGAUCGGUUGAGAUUCGAGGAUGCUGCAGUCAAGUCGAGCAUCAGCAAGUUUCUUGUACUCACUCUAGAUCUGCCAGCUGCGCCGCUGUUCCAAGACGCGCUGGAGAAGAACAUCAUCCCUCAAGUGCCCUUGACUACGAUUCUCAACAAGUACAACGGCAUACAGCCACAAGAGAAGAUGAAAGACCGUGUACGGUAUCGCCUCCUGCAUCCUCUCCCACCAUAUCUGCUUUUCAACAUCAAGCGCUUUAGCAAGAACAAGUUCGUUUCCGAACGCAACCCAACGAUCGUUACGUUCCCAGUCACAUCUCUCGACAUGUCGCCGUACGUAGAGCCAAACCCAAGAGAGUACCCACCUGGCGAGCCGAUCUACUACGACCUGGUAGCCAACAUCACCCACGAAGCUGUGAAGAAGAAGGACGAUAGCGUAGAAGGAGAGCAAGAAUCCAAGGUCUGGAGAGUGCAGCUCAAGGAUAGGAGUCGAGACGAAUGGUACGGUAUUCAGGAUCUGUUCGUCGAGAAAGAGCAAGGCGAAACGCUCUUCACCAAGGAGGCAUAUGUAAUGGUUUGGGAGAGGCGGAGAACGAAGCCAGCUACCAAUGGCAAAAGCAAGGGCAAGGCCUAGUUCACAAGCGUUGCCGAAAGUUUUCGAGUUGGAGUAUGUAUGGGCAACGUAACAUUGGACGUGAACUUUGUCAGACCUAUUAAAUGUACAAAAGCCGCCUGUCAUUCCAGCAAGUGUGCCAAAGCUGGUGGCCUCGAUG